CAGCUCAAAACCCUGGCAGUGUUACAAUGAAGUUUACACUAGACACUUUCCCUGCUCUGCUGGUUCUGGGAAUCUGCAUUCACUUUGCAGUUCACAAUGCAGAGGGUCAACAUAUUCCAAACCGCUGUGCCUGUCUAAAAUCCAGGAAUGGACUCUUGGGACCAUUUUCAGAUUUUACUGUCACUUUAAAAAGAUCUGGCUGUACACGAGACGAAAUUAUAGUGAUGCUGCAGAAGGACACCCGAAAGGUGUGUUUAAGUCCUCAUGGACCUCAGGGGAAAAGACUGCUGAAAUGUUGGCACAGGAAACAGAAAGAGGGCAAAGACGUGAAGAAAUGCAUAAAAAGACUCCAACCACGGCAACGUACCAAAUCAAAGAUGACAAAAAGACAAUGAGAGCAGCAGGAUGAUGGCAGCUAUCUCACAUAGUCCUGAACACACCACUGUGUAAAUACUUUUACAAACUUUACAGAAAGGGCUGGCCCCAGUCAUAGUUAGUUAAAUUACAGCAAAUGUAAAGAAGUCAGUGCUGGUUUAGGUAACGGUUAGAAAAGAAGUGAAAAGGAUUUUGCACUAUGUUUGUACAGAUUUAAAAAUAAAUAAAUAAAAAUGUAAUGUAUAUGUACAGUAUUUUUUUUUAUAAUAAAUUGUUA